UGCUAUGUUUGGUAUUUUCAGUUGACAAUUUUGUACCUGUGGCAUCAACUUCAAAAAUGGCCAAUCGACAAUAUCGAUCAAAGUCAUUUGACGGUGUCUAUGAAGCAGAUGGCAACAACAGUUCUGUACCAUGGCUACCAAGAAAGAUCACCUUUAAAGGAAUUGAUCCAGUCAAGGCUGUUCAAAAACAGCUUCCAAAGUUAUUGCCAAUCAACAUGCCAGUCGCAUCUACCAGUCAAAAUGUUCCUCAACAGUCCGGUAAUAAUGAUGGAAGUUCUGAAGCUGAAAUGCUUCAAACACAGAUUAAAUUAAGCACCAAAGCGAUGGAAACCGUUGAAAAUUUGCAGAAGAAAAUGGACCAGAUGAUGAAAGAGAAGGAAUAUUAUAAGUCGAAGCUGGCCGAGGCAAACAGUAUGCUGCAAAAAUUCAAACCAAAUGGAAAGAAGGAAAGCGAUGGAAAGAAGCAAGUCGACGGAGAAAAGGAGGCCGAUGAAAAGAACGACACCGAUGGACAAAAGGAAAAUGUCGAACCCAACAAACAAUGAAUCUGAACAAUUAAGUUCUUCACACAUUUUUAGUUGAUAAGAUUAAAAAAGUAUUUACACUUCCGAAAGAUUUUUUUUAAAUUUAAUGGAAUUAUUUUUAAUUAGUGAUCUCUGUUGAUCUCUCAUGAUUUCCAUUGAAUUGAGCAUUAGGGCGUUGUGCAUGUUAUCGAUUUUACCUUGAUUCACUUCAAUCGAUUUCAAUUUAUUCCAAAAUUUAACUUGGUGAUAUUUUCGGAUAUUUUUAUCCAAUAGAAUAAAAUAUAUUAUCUGCAAACGUCUAUUCAUUAU